AUGUGGAACGUGUUUUUCGUUUUACUAAUAAUAACUAUUAUUGUUACAGACAAACCGGGCAUUGCAUUGACAGGCCAGCCGCACACCAACACCGAAGAAGUUGUCACCGUGAAAGAGCCGCUCACUCCUUACAUCUUUCAGGUCCGAGCUUACAUCCCAACUUCGAGCAAGAAGAAUGUGGCGAGCGACAUGUCAGAGAGCGUCAUCUGCCAGGGGCAAGGAGUACCUGUAAAAAUCUCGAAGGUGGAAGACGGAGUGUUAGUGUCAUGGCGUGAGUUCGCAGAGGAGAACCCUGGAGUUGUGGAAUGGAUUCUGCAGUACAAGGCCGACAAUAGCACGCAAGAGCACAACGUCACGUUACCCGGAGAAGUCACCAACUACACUUUGCCAAGCGGCGGAGAGGCGGCGUGGGUGCGCCUGCUGGGCAGCCGCGUAGCGCGCUGGCCGGCGCAGGAGCUGUCGCUGCUGCCCUGGAGCUCCGCGCGCGCGCAGCCCCGCCCCGGUGCGUACGCAACCCACACUCACUCCCUUACGCACUCCUUACUGAACCAAACAACUGGUAAACCGUGCGGGCGCUGGUCGGCGCAGGAGCUGUCGCUGCUGCCCUGGAGAGCCGCGCGCGCGCGAAGCCCCGAUGCGUACGCAGCCCGCUCUCACUCUCUCACACACUCCUUACUGAACCAAACAACUGGUAAACCGUGCGGGCGCUGGUCGGCGCAGGAGCUGUCGCUGCUGCCCUGGAGAGCCGCGCGCGCGCGCAGCCCCGAUGCGUACGCAGCCCGCACUCACUCUCUCACACACUCCUUACUGAACCAAACAACUGGUAGACCGUGCGGGCGCUGGUCGGCGCAGGAGCUGUCGCUGCUGCCCUGGAGUGCAGCGCGCGCGCGCAGCCCCGGUGCGUACGCAGCCCACACCCACUCUCACACACUCCUUACUGAACCAAACAACUGGGCAGCUGCGCGGUGCGCUGGCCGGCGCAGGAGCUGUCGCUGCUGCCCUGGAGCGCCGCGAGUGCACAGCGCCGGUGCGUACGCAGCCCACACUCUUUUCCUCACACACUCCUUACUGAACCAAACAACUGAUAACCCCGCGCGCGCAGCCCCGGUGCGUACGCAGCCCACACUCUUCCUCACACAUUCCUUACUGACCCAAACAACUGGUAAACCGCGCGCGCGCAGCCCCGGUGCGUACGCAGCCCACACUCACUCCCUCACACACUCCUUACUGAACCAAACAACUGAUAAACCGCGCGGGCGCUGGUCGGCGCAGGAGCUGUCGCUGCUGCCCUGGAGUGCCACGCGCGCGCGCAGCCCCGGCGCGUACGCAGUCCACACUCACUCCCUCACACACUUUUUACUGAACCAAACAACUGGUAAACCGCGCGGGCGCUGGUCGGCGCAGGAGCUGUCGCUGCUGCCCUGGAGUGCCGCGCGCGCGGUCCUGGUGCGUACGCAGACCACACUCACUCGUCGUCGUCGUCUGCGUCGGGACGUGACGGCAGUACCGCAGGAUGUCAAUGUGUCUGAUGUCGGCGUUCACGGCUUCACUGUGAAGUGGCGAUGCGACGAGGCCGACUCCUCACCUGAGAUGUACAGUUUCAGGGUGUGCGUAAAGAAAGUGGAAGGAACAGAAGAGUGUCAAGAAAGCUACAAGAGCAGCGCCACAUUGGAGGGCUUGGAGCCGGGCAGCGAAUAUGAAGUGCGGGUACAAGCGCUUGUGCAAGGCCGAUUUCUUGGCGGGGCUUUUAGCGACCCAAUCCGCGUAACUACGCAACCUGAAGGCCAGUGGCGUGUAGGUGAUUUGUCGUACACGUUUGUGAACUCGUCGGCGGUGCGCGUGCGCUGGAGCGGGCAGGCGGCGCGGUACACCGUGCGGCACAGCGCGCGCCUGCGCCUGCCCGUCGAGCAGUGGCCCGCGCUCGCCACAACCGACACCUCUGUGUUGAUAACUGGAAUUGAGCCAACCGAGCAAACUUACGUGAUGGUGACCGGUUAUGAACCACUUGGACACAGUCGAAUUCUCACGAUUCCGGCGCAAGUUAAAGAUUUAGAUGCGCAGGAGUUGCGAUAUGCGUACACUCAAGGAGGCGUGCGGGUGUGGUGGCGCGGUGCUGGCCGACGGGCGGUGCGCUUCGCGCAGAACAUCACGCGCCCGCUCGAGCACUGGCGCAGUGUUAACGUCACGCAGCCCAGCGUGCAGCUGAAUGACCUGGACCCUACUCUGCCGGUGUACGUGAUGGUGACGCUGCCAGGUCUCGGGAAGUCCAACCAAGUGCUCACAAUUCCGCCGCGACCCGUCGACAACUACAACUUGUAUUUGAGUUUAGGCGUAGGUGCGGUAGUGUUUGUGUUGUGUGCGAUGUCAAUCGCCGUCGCUUUCUUUUGGAGGAGAUACAAGAAGGCUGGGUUGCCUGUCAGAACACGAAGAAGGAAUCAGUCAGCUAACGAGGGAACAGAUGGGGAAGGCUCAGAAAUGAAAGCACUGUGUGCGGGCGCGGGCGCGCGGCUCGCCAACGGCGCGUGUGGAGAGCCGCUGCUCAACGGACACGCGCGGCACGCACACUCGAAGACACCAAAUGGCAAGCUGAAGAAAGACCGCCUAUAUGAGGCGUUCGACGUGUCACGCAACGAUCAUGACACGACUACGGAGACAGUGCUCGACGACUCAACUUCAACAUUCAACUUCCUCGACACCUCGCGCCGUCCCGAGUUUGAAUCCCGGCCAGACCUCACCGCCAACAACUCCUUCCAAAAACUCCCGGACGACAAUAUGAACUCCGAACUAAACAGGGGUACCGAAUUUCAUUUAGACAACAGCAAAAUUCAGCCAACGCUGCAACCCAACGGUUGA